AUGGCUUCUCAUCGCCUGCUCCUUCUUUGCCUUGCUGGACUGGUAUUUGUGUCAGAAGCUGGCACCGUGGGCACUGGGGAAUCCAAGUGCCCUCUGAUGAUCAAAGUCCUGGAUGCUGUCCAGGGCAGUCCUGCCGUCAACGUGCCUGUGAGGGUGUUCAAAAAGGCUGCUGACCAGACCUGGGAGCUGUUUGCUGAUGGGAAAACCAGUGAAUUUGGAGAGCUCCAUGGGCUCACAACAGAUGAGAAAUUUGUAGAAGGGGUAUACAAAGUGGAAUUGGACACCAAAUCCUACUGGAAGGAAAUUGGUAUUUCUCCAUUCCAUGAAUAUGCAGAGGCGGUGUUCACUGCGAACGACUCCGGGCACCGCCAUUACACCAUCACAGCUCUGCUCAGUCCCUACUCUUAUUCCACCACAGCCAUCGUCAGCAACCCCUCGCACUGA